AUGUCGGAUGCUGAUUGGGCGGUAUGCCCAAGAACGACAAAUGCUGUUGAGUCUCAAAAUAAAAAGGGGUGUUCAAAAACCAAAUCCUUUCGUGAUGUUGUAAAUGCCGCUGAAACAAGUGAAGAUGAAAAUUUAGGAAAAACUGUUGUCAUAGACACUUACGGAGCCCGUGGGAGGAAGUUUGGUUGGUGUAAAGCCACCGUCAUUAAAAAGAAAGGCGAAGGAUACGUAGCCAAGUAUAUAUCGGACAAGAAAACAACAUUUAUUCCUGAUAUUAAUGACUAGAAAUUUGUCCGGUUUUAUCAAACCGAAGAACUAGAAGCCUGACAUACC